CAGUUCAUUGGCUCCUGGCUGUUGCUAUGACAUCGCCGUGGCUUCUGCAGACGCUUAGAGGCAUUCUGGGAUGCAAGCAGCUAAAGUGCUUCGAGUAAAGACAGGCGACCAGCGAUAAAUGUGAUUUAAAAAAUGAAGCGUAUUUUCACCCUCACCGACAAAGCCUGGGCGGGCUCCAGCCUGCACUACAAAUGGCAGAAAACCCAGGGAAAUUAUCUUGCUGUUGCAGGAAAUGAUAAGUCAGUGAAAGUGUUUGAUCGCCAUGGGCAGAAGUGGAAUGAUCUCAGCCUUCCAGGACGCUGUGUGGCCAUGGACUGGGAUAAGAAUGGGGACAUUCUAGCGGUGAUAGCCGAGAAGUCCAGCUUCAUUUAUCUGUGGGAUGCCAGUGUCAACAAGACUACCCAGAUAGACAGCGGCAUGAGAGAUCAGAUGACAUUCAUCUUGUGGGCAAAGGCUGGCCCACUGUUGGCAGUUGGGACUGCUAAAGGAAACCUGUUGAUCUACAACCAGCAGACCUCGCGCAAGAUACCUGUGCUAGGUAAGCACACAAAGAGGAUCACAUGUGGGUGUUGGAGCAGUCAGAAUCUGCUGGCUCUCGGCAGCGACGAUCGCACUUUGACCAUUAGCAACCAUGAGGGGGACACCAUCCGACAGACAACACUGCGCGGUGAGCCCGCUGACGUUUACUUCUCUGUGAUGAAGACAGAUGAGAGGUCUUCUCCAGGAGAAAGCACUGUGAGCGUAUCUGUGGGGAAGACGAUACUGUUCCUUUUCAACCUCAGCGAUCCUGAAAACCCCAUAGAGCUGGCCUUCCAGUCUCGCUACGGAAACAUCGUCUCCUACUGCUGGUAUGGAGACGGGUAUAUCCUGAUUGGCUUCUCCCAUGGCUACUUUGUGGUUAUUUCCACCCAUAUCAGGGAGAUAGGGCAGGAGCUGUACCAGGCUCACAACCAUAAAGACAGCCUCAACAGUGUGGCCAUCUCCCCGGCCUUAAACAAGGCUGCCUCUUGUGGGGACAACUGCAUAAAGAUCCAUGAGCUGUCUGAGCUUAAAGAUAUCAGCAACAUAGUUCAUCUGGAUGAUGAGACUAAAGGUCUGGACCAGCUGAGCUGGACAGAUGACGGCCAGCUGCUUGCAGUGUCCACCCAGAGAGGGACCGUCCAUGUCUUCCUCACCAAGCUGCCUAUCCUGGGUGACAGCUUUGGUACCAGGCUGGCCUACCUCACCUCCCUGCUGGAGGUCACUGUGUCCAACCAGGUGGAGGGGGAGAGUCCUGUGGCCAUCGAAGUGGAAGUGGAGCCCACUUUCAUUGCAGUGGGGCCGUUCCACGUGGCUGUGGGAAUGAACAACAGAGCCUGGUUCUACACCAUCGGAGACCGAGACCCCGGUUUUCACAGACUGAAGGACGUUGAGUACUUGGGCACAAUAGCCAGCAUGUGCCUCAACGCGGACUAUGCAGCAGCGUUGUUUGAAGGAAAGGUCCAGGUGCACAUGAUUGAAGGCGAGGACCAGGAGGAGAAGAAGCAGAUGAGGCUGUUUAUAGGCGAUGACAGAAAAGAUCGGAUCCUUUGCCACGCGCUCACCAAUGACUUCCUGUACUAUGGCACUGAUCUGGGCAGCGUGGUGUGUGUGUUGCUGGAGGACUGGCAGACAGUGAGCAGCUACAGCCACUCAGUGGGUGUGAGGAAGGUGUUCCCCGACCCCAACGGCACACAGCUGGUCAUCAUUGAUGACAAGAGCGGCGGCUUCCUGCACUCCCCUGGGAAUGUGACAGACUCCUGCUAUGAGCUUCCAAACUUCUCUCCCAAUGUCACAGGAGUGCUUUGGGAGAACUGGGCCUCUGACAGAGGAGUGUUUGUUGCUUAUGAUGAUGACAAGAUCUAUACCUACGCCCUGCAUAAAACCACCAUAUAUGGUACCCGGGUGGUUUUAGUGGGUACCACUUCACUGCUUUACUCCCAGAAGCCUCUGUUAUUGCACAACGGGGAGCUGACGUGUCAAACGCCAAGUGGCAAGACCAGUGAAGUGGUGCUGAGCACACACUCCUUCCUCAGCCACUCCUCCGCCACACAGACGGAAUCACCACAGGAGCUCAGCAAGAAGCUCUCCCAGGCGCUCCUGCUCUCCAGGUUCCCUGAAGCCUGGAAUCUAUGCAAGUCUGCAGCAAAUGAGGCUUUCUGGGCAGAGAUGGGCAAAGCCUGUCUGGUCCACAUGAAGGUGGAGCUGGCUAUCCAAGUGUACCGCAUGAGUGGCAACGUAGGCAUGGUGAUGUCACUGCAGGGCCUUCAGGGUAUAGAGGACAGGAAUUUGUUGGCAGGCCAUUUGGCCAUGUUCCUGAAUGAGUACGACCUAGCUCAGGACCUCUAUCUGUCCUCAAACUGUCCCAUCGCUGCCCUGGAGAUGAGGAGAGACCUGUUGCAUUGGGACAGCGCUUUGAUGCUGGCCAAGAGACUUGCAGAAGACCAGAUUCCCUUCAUAUCCAAAGAAUAUGCUGUCCAUCUUGAGUUUAUAGGAGACUACGUGAAUGCCCUGUCACACUAUGAGAAAGGCAUGACCCACAACAGCAAGUUCUCAGAGCAUGAUGAGGCAUGCCAGGCAGGCUUGGCCAGGAUGUCCAUCCGCAUGGGCGACAUCAGGAGAGGAGCCAGCCAGGCCAUCCAGCACCCCAGCAGAGUCCUCAAGAAGGAAUGUGGAGCCAUACUGGAGAGCAUGAAACAAUACUCUGAGGCAGCUCAGCUUUAUGAGAAAGGCCAUUAUUAUGACAAAGCUGCAUCGGUCUACAUCCGCUGCAAGAACUGGGCCAAGGUAGGAGAGCUGCUCCCACAUGUCUCCUCCCCUAAGAUCCACCUGCAGUACGCCAAGGCCAAGGAGAUGGAUGGCAAGUACAAGGAAGCAGCACAAGCUUAUGAGAGCGCGAAGGACUGGGACAACGUGAUUCGUGUGCUGCUGGACCACCUGAACAACCCUGAAGACGCCGUCCGCAUUGUCAGGGAGACACAGAGUGUCGAUGGAGCAAAGAUGGUCGCAAGGUUCUUCCUGCGGCUGAAUGACUACGGCUCAGCCAUCCAGUUCCUGGUUUUAUCUCAGUGCAACGAUGAAGCCUUCCAGCUGGCACAGCAGCAUGGACAGAUGGAGGUCUACGCAGACAUCAUCGGCUCAGAGGCGACGCAGGAGGACUAUCAGAGCAUUGCUCUGUACUUUGAAGCGGAGAAGAAACACCUGCAGGCUGGCAAGUUCUUCCAGAAGUGCGGCCAGUACAGCAGAGCCCUGAAACACUUCCUGAAGUGUCCCAACACUGAUGACAGCCUGGCUGUCGAGAUGGCUAUUGAGACGGUGGGGCAGGCCAAGGACAUGUCUCUAAUCAGCCAGCUGAUAGAUUACUUGCUGGGGGAGAGCGACGGCAUGCCCAAGGACGCCAAGUAUCUGUUCCGUCUCUAUAUGGCACUGCAGCAGUACAGGGAGGCUGCUCACACCGCCAUCAUCAUCGCCAGGGAGGAGCAGUGUGCAGGCAGCUACCGUAACGCCCACGAUGUGCUGUUCAGCAUGUACACAGAGCUGCAGGCCCAGAAGAUCAAGAUCCCCGCUGAGAUGGCCACCAAUCUGAUGAUCCUGCACUCCUACUUACUGGUCAAGAUCCAUGUAAAGCGAGGAGAUCACCUGAAGGGCGCACGCAUGCUCAUCCGUGUGAGCAACAACAUCAGCAAGUUUCCUGCCCACAUUGUGCCCAUUCUGACGUCAGCGGUGAUCGAGUGUAACCGAGCCGGGCUUAAGAACUCGGCCUUCAGCUUUGCUGCCAUGUUGAUGAGACCAGAGUACCGUAACAACAUCAACCCCAAGUACAGGAAGAAGAUCGAGGCCAUGGUUCGUCGGCCCGAUACGUCAGAGCUGGAGGAGGAGACAACUCCGUGUCCCUUCUGUGGCUUCCAGCUGCCACAGAACGAACUGCUGUGCAUCUCCUGCAAGAACAACCUGCCCUACUGCAUCGCCACGGGUCGACACAUGCUGAAGGAGGACUGGUCUGUGUGUCCACACUGUGAAUUCCCUGCUCUCUACUCGCAGUUCGUUCUGCUGCUGGAGACGGAGAGUGUGUGUCCCAUGUGCUCCGAGAGUCUCAGUGCAAAACAGGUGAAGAAGAUCUCAGACUGUUCCAGCUAUCUGCAGCCUGAUGAACUGGAGCACUGAUGGAAAAACGACCACACAAAUGUACAUACUUAUACUUUUGUAUAUACUUACUUAAACACUUAUACAUCACCCCUGUAAGUUAGGGUGACAGAUGUUUGUAUGUGUAUUUAUAAGACCAUCUGUAAUACAAAUUGUUGCUCAUCUUUUUUUAAACCAAACUCUUAUUUUUGAAAAUGAUUGUCAGAACUCAAAGGAGGAGGCAGAGUCACAUAUGGAGUCUAUUAAUUAUGGUUCAUGAUAGAAAUGUUGCUUUACAUUUUGAACAGUAAAGCUGUAUCAUCUCCAGAA